AUGUCGUCCCUGACGACCUCCAGUGAGGGAGAGAACUCCACGCCCAGGUUUGUUGUCGGUUCCAGGGACGAUGAGACAGACUUUCUGGGAUCAAACAUGAAGACAGACGAAACUGAUUUCUUUGAAGAUGAUGAAGAGGAGGAGUCGCCACCUGAACGGCAGAUUGUGGUUGGAAUCUGUGCCAUGACCAAAAAGUCCAAGUCAAAGCCCAUGACACAGAUUCUGGAGCGUCUGUGCAAGUUUGAGUAUAUCACAGUGGUGAUUAUGGGGGAAGAUGUUAUUCUGAAUGAACCGGUGGAGAACUGGCCCUCUUGUGACUGCCUAAUAUCAUUCCACUCCAAAGGAUUCCCACUGGAUAAAGCGGUCGCUUAUGCCAAGCUGUGCAAGCCAUUUCUGAUUAAUGACCUUGAUAUGCAGUAUUAUAUCCAGGACAGGCGUGAAGUGUAUCGGAUCCUUCAAGAAGAGGGAAUAGACUUGCCCCGCUAUGCUGUGCUCAAUCGAGACCCUGAUAGACCAGAAGAGUGCAACUUGGUGGAAGGAGAGGACCACGUGGAGGUAAACGGAGCUGUUUUCCCAAAGCCAUUUGUAGAGAAGCCAGUCAGUGCUGAAGACCAUAAUGUGUAUAUUUACUACCCAACAUCAGCAGGUGGGGGCAGCCAGCGGCUCUUUCGGAAGAUUGGCAGCCGGAGUAGUGUGUACUCCCCAGAGAGCAGUGUGAGGAAGACAGGCUCAUACAUUUAUGAGGAGUUCAUGCCUACAGAUGGCACUGAUGUAAAGGUGUACACUGUUGGGCCAGACUAUGCCCAUGCAGAAGCUCGCAAAUCCCCUGCUUUGGAUGGGAAGGUUGAACGGGACAGUGAAGGGAAAGAAAUCCGUUACCCAGUCAUGCUGACUGCCAUGGAGAAACUAGUUGCCCGGAAAGUCUGUGUAGCCUUUAAGCAAACAGUGUGUGGGUUCGACCUCCUGCGGGCAAAUGGCCACUCUUUUGUUUGUGAUGUGAACGGCUUCAGUUUUGUGAAGAACUCUAUGAAGUAUUACGAUGACUGUGCCAAAAUCCUUGGAAAUAUAAUCAUGCGGGAAUUGGCUCCCCAGUUUCAUAUUCCCUGGUCCAUCCCAACAGAGGCAGAAGACAUUCCCAUUGUCCCCACAACCUCAGGCACCAUGAUGGAGCUUCGGUGUGUUAUUGCAGUCAUCCGGCAUGGAGAUCGCACCCCAAAGCAGAAGAUGAAGAUGGAAGUUAAGCAUCCCCGGUUCUUUGAAUUAUUUGAGAAAUAUGAUGGCUACAAGACAGGGAAGUUGAAGCUGAAGAAACCAGAGCAGCUACAGGAAGUGCUGGACAUUGCACGACAGCUUGUGGUGGACCUGGGAACCCACAGUGAUUGUGAGAUUGAGGAGAGGAAAUCCAAACUGGAACAGCUGAAGAGCGUCUUGGAGAUGUAUGGACAUUUUUCUGGCAUUAACCGUAAGGUUCAGUUGACCUAUCUGCCUCAUGGACAUCCAAAAGCUGCAAGUGAAGACGAAGAAGCUCGCCGAGAGUCUUCCCCAUCCCUCCUCCUGGUGCUUAAGUGGGGUGGAGAGCUGACACCAGCAGGAAGGGUCCAGGCAGAAGAGCUGGGGCGAGCCUUUCGCUGUAUGUACCCUGGUGGCCAAGGUGAUUAUGCUGGUUUCCCUGGAUGUGGCUUGCUGAGGCUGCACAGCACCUACCGUCAUGAUCUCAAGAUUUAUGCCUCAGAUGAGGGACGAGUUCAGAUGACAGCAGCAGCUUUUGCAAAGGGUUUGCUGGCCCUGGAGGGAGAGCUCACCCCCAUCCUGGUGCAAAUGGUGAAAAGUGCCAAUAUGAACGGUCUCCUGGACAGUGACAGUGAUUCCCUUAGCAGCUGCCAACACAGAGUGAAGGCACGACUGCAUGAAAUCAUGCAGAAGGAUGCUGAUUUCUGUGAAGAGGAUUAUGAAAAGCUAGCACCUACAGGCAGUGCUUCUCUGCUCAACUCCAUGACAUUUAUCCAGAACCCAGUAGAGGUCUGUAACCAGGUGUUCACCCUGAUUGAGAAUCUUACCUCCCAGAUACGAAAACGUCUGGAAGACCCAAAAUCUGCAGACCUGCAGCUGUACCACAGUGAGACUUUAGAACUGAUGCUGCAACGCUGGAGUAAGCUGGAACGAGAUUUCCGCAUGAAGAAUGGGCGUUACGACAUCAGCAAGAUCCCUGAUAUCUACGACUGCAUCAAGUAUGAUGUACAGCACAACUGUGCACUGAAACUGGAAGGCACAGCUGAACUCUUCAAACUCUCCAAAGCCCUGGCAGAUGUGAUCAUACCCCAGGAAUAUGGGAUUAAUAAGGAGGAGAAACUGGAGAUUGCUAUUGGCUUUUGUCUUCCUCUCAUUAAAAAGAUCCAGUUGGACCUACAGAGAACCCAUGAAGAUGAAUCUGUCAACAAACUACAUCCCUUGUACUCAAGAGGAGUUCUGUCACCAGGUCGCCACGUUCGGACACGGCUCUACUUCACCAGUGAGAGCCAUGUGCAUUCUCUGCUCAGUAUCUUCCGCUAUGGGGGCCUCCUGGAUGAAAACAAAGACCAGCAGUGGAAGAGAGCCAUGGACUAUUUGAGUGCUAUCUCAGAGCUGAACUACAUGACCCAGAUUGUUAUCAUGCUCUACGAGGACAACAACAAGGACCCGUCUUCAGAAGAGCGUUUCCAUGUGGAGCUGCAUUUCAGCCCUGGCGUGAAAGGCUGUGAGGAAGACAGAAACGUGCCCACAGGGUUUGGCUUUCGGCCUGCCUCCGCAGAGAACGAGGACAAGAAAGCUGACCAAGGCAGCCUGGAGGACCUCUCCAAAGAGAAGGGUGUAGAUGAGCCAGACCGCGCACAGCAAAGGUCUCCACAGCCUUCUGAGCCUGUCAGCAUUCAGCGAAGAUCACCGCUGAUCAGGAACCGGAAAACAGGGUCCAUGGAGGUGCUAUCUGAAUCUUCUUCCAAAUCAGGAGGUUAUCGCCUCUUCAGCACUUAUUCCAGGCAAUCUUCUGAGAUGAAGCAAAGUGGCUUAGGGUCACAAUGCACCGGCCUGUUUAGCACCACUGUGCUGGGAGGCUCCUCCAGUGCCCCCAACCUCCAGGACUACGCACGCAGCCAUGGCAAAAAGUUUGCCAGCAGCCUGACAUACAAAGACGAUGCGUUUGAGCACCACCACGUUGCCCAGUUGCUGCGCCGUUUUUCCUCUGACUAUGCCACGAGCCGGAACAUCUCCCUGGAUGCCACUCUAGCCCAUCACCUCCAGCAGUGCUCCUACCACCUGCGCCUCUUCAGGAGCUGGCUGAUCUCAGGGCAGGAUGACUUGGAGUGUCUUUACGGUUUUGAAGGCUGUUCCAUGGUUCCCACCAUUUAUCCCCUGGAGACCCUGCACAACUCCCUCUCUUUGCGACAGGUCAAUGAGUUCCUGACGGCUGUGUGCAGGAGUUGCAGCGAAUCACAUGUCCAGUCUACCGCAGCUUUGUUUGAUUCAAUGAUUGGCAGCCAGAUACCAGGAGACCCCUUUAUGUCCCAGAGAAUCCUGUCAUCAUCCUCUUUGCCAUUGCGCCAGCGUUCGGAUAAGCCCCCUUGGUACAGCAGUGGCCCCUCCAGUACUGUCUCCAGUGCAGGCCCAUCCUCCCCAACCUCUGUGGACAACUGCGCUCGUUUCAGCUUCACUGAGAAACUUUCCAUCAGUCCCCCCAAAAGUGAGGAGCAGCUGACUAGCCAGUCCCCUGAGCAAGAAGAGAGACAGCCUCCAGGCAGAGGGCUUGAUGGGGAGGUGGGCAUGUCUGGGUUAUCGGUGGCGGAGCCAAGUGCCCCAGAGACCCUGACCUGGAAUAAGGGGCCAGAGCCAGGCAAGGUCCUGGAGCUCUGCAAGAAGGAGCUGGUGGAGGAGGACUCUAACCCAGAGGAGAAGAGCAGGGUGGACCUGGAUGAAGAAGAAUCAGCUGGGGAAAUGUUAGAGCCAAGUAACACAGGGAACCCAAAGUGUGGUGCAGGGUCUGAUAUAAGGCUGGCUGGGGAGAGAGAGAGGCCAGGUGAGGGGUAUAUAGGGGGAAUGACUGGCCUGGAUCAGUCAGGGCUGUCCAAGGAGAUCUUGGUGCCCCGUGAAGAGGAGCUGCUGGGAGAGGUGUUGGACCCAGAGCAUAUGGGCGAGGAGCUGCUGGGCGACAGUGCUCUGUCAGGCCAGCUUCUGACUGGUCACCUGCAGCAGGUGCAGCCACUGCCUCCUGAGAAAAGCAUGGAGGAGCUGCAGCCGCUGUGUUGGGAGGAUCAGCAGAAUUAG